AUGGCUGAAGACAGUUAUGGCAUGAAAGAAGCCCCCGAGCACGUCUACAAUGGCGGAUCCGAGCAUGUCGAAAACAAUGUAGAAAUUGACACUAAGAUUGACCAGCGCCAUGCGGAAAUGUACGCGGAAGCCUUGCGGCGAUAUCCGGACGAAGCUUCUAUUGACAAAGACGCCGAGAAGAAACUUAAGCGGAAGUUGGAUAGACGUAUACUACCUCUACUGGGAAUAUGCUACUUCUUCUACUAUGUUGACAAGACCACUCUCUCCUACGCUGCCAUUUUUGGCAUCCAAUCGGACCUUCACUUGAAGGGGACCGAGUACUCAUGGCUCUCAAGCAUUUUCUACUUCGGCUGGCUUUUCUGGUCUAUCCCGUCGAACCUCAUCAUGCAGCGUUGUCCGCCUGCCUAUUACUUGGCAUUCAACAUCUUCAUGUGGGGAGUUCUCUUGAUGGCCCAAGCCGCAGCUAAGGAUUUUGCUGGCCUCACUGUUUUACGGAUCUUGUCCGGUGCUUUCGAAGCUAUUGCAGAUCCGGCUUUCAUGCUUAUAACGUCGAUGUACUAUACCCGUGAAGAACAACCUUCUCGUAUCUCGGCGUGGUAUGCUUGGAAUGGUAUUGGGAUAGCCGGCGGCGGUCUUAUUGGAUACGGAAUUGGCCAGAUCGAAGGCGCACUUCGCUCGUGGCGAUACGAGUUUAUCGUCGUAGGAGCACUGUGCACUUUCUGGAGUAUCGUCUUAUUCCUACUCUUGCCAAACUCACCCACCACAUUUUGGGGUUUCAGCAAACAAGAACGGUUGCUUAUGAUAGCUCGUAUUCGCGGCAACCAGACCGGAAUCGAACAUCAGAGAAUCAAUUGGGGCCAGAUCAAGGAAGCUUAUCUCGACUACAAGACUUGGCUCUUCGUACUAUUUGGAUUCCUCGGCGCGAUCCCGAACGGAGGCAUCUCCAAUUUCUCAACUUUAGUUAUUCAGGGACUAGGGUUUGAUACACUACACACGGCCUUGCUAGGCAUACCGCAAGGUGUUCUCGUCGUUAUCUGGAUCGGUCUCGGGGCCCUUGUUAAUAAGUAUAUGCCGGCUAAUAGCCGCACGAUUGUUUCUGCUUUGUUCAUGUUACCUACCAUAGGUGGAAGUUUGGGUUUUUUACUUGCGCCUACUAACGCCUACGUUGGGCGAUUGAUCUGCUUCUACCUAACUGGUUCCUACCAAGCAUCAUUCGUGAUUUCUCUAUCUCUAGUAACGAGCAACACAGGAGGACAAUCCAAGAAGAUGAUCGUGUCUGGGAUGGUAUGGUUUGGCUCGUGCAUCGGAAACAUCGCGGGGCCCUUCUUUUACAAGUCCGAACAAGCGCCAUCUUACCAUCUCGGCAUCGGAUCUCUUCUUGUCGCAAACGUUGCCGAAUUCGUCCUCUUCUUCGUAUUCCGGUACGCUUUCAAGUGGGAAAAUAGACGAAAGGAAAAAGUCCGUGCUGCUACGGUGGACUAUUAG